AUGUUCACCUUUUGCUCAUUGCUGGGCGCGCAGUCCGAGUCAUCUGCGUCGCAGUCGCUCCUGGAGCUGGAUGGGGGCGUCAAGAUCCUGAUCGAUGCCGGAUGGGAUGAGACAUUCGAUGUGGCCAAGCUAAAGGAGCUCGAGAAACAAGUUCCAACUCUAUCUAUCAUUCUUCUCACCCAUGCGACAACCGCUCACCUCGCGGCAUUCGCACAUUGUUGCAAACACUUCCCACUAUUUACUCGAAUACCCAUCUACGCUACAACGCCGGUAAUAUCUCUUGGCCGCACCCUUUUACAGGACCUUUACAGUUCAACUCCCAUUGCGUCAACGAUUAUUCCCUCCGAAUCUCUAUCUGAAGCUUCGUACUCAUAUACGCAAUCUGUAUCAGCAGAUGAAGACCCAAAUAUUCUCCUCCAGCCACCAACUAAUGAAGAAAUUGCAUCCUACUUCUCGUUGAUCCACCCCCUCAAGUAUUCGCAACCCCACCAACCGCUUCCUUCGCCAUUCUCUCCUCCCCUGAAUGGCCUGACCAUUACCGCAUACAAUGCUGGACAUACGUUAGGAGGGACAAUAUGGCAUAUUCAGCACGGCCUAGAAUCCAUUGUCUAUGCGGUGGAUUGGAAUCAAGCCCGCGAGAAUGUCCUGGCGGGCGCGGCAUGGCUUGGAGGAGCGGGCGCGGGCGGUGCGGAGGUCAUUGAGCAGCUGCGAAGGCCGACAGCAUUGAUAUGCAGUAGUCAUGGUGGCGAGAAAGCGGCUCUGGCUGGAGGGAGAACAAAGCGAGACGAGCUCUUACUCGAUAUGAUCAAGUCCUCGGUUAGUAAAGGGGGAAUUGUGCUCAUCCCAACGGACUCCAGCGCUCGUGUACUAGAACUGGCAUACUUGCUGGAGCAUGCAUGGCGGACGGAGAGUAAGACUGAGGAUAGCCCUCUUUUGUCAGCGAAGCCAUAUCUUGCGAGCAGGAAUAUACAGGCAACAAUGCGUUAUGCGAGAAGUAUGCUCGAAUGGAUGGAUGAUGGCAUCGUUCGAGAGUUUGAGGCUGUUGCUGGCGGGCAACAGAAGAAGCAGGAUGGGGACCAAGAUCCUCAGCAGAAUUCAGGUGCUGGGCCGUUUGACUUCAAACAUCUACGAUUACUUGAACGCCGGGGCCAAAUUGAUCGAAUCCUAAAUGAGACUGACAACCUUGGGAGGUCCUUUGGAAAGGUUAUUCUGGCUAGUGAUGCAUCUUUAGAAUGGGGGUUCUCCAAAGAAGUCUUGCGGAAGAUUGUCGACGACAGCCGAAAUCUUGUAGUCCUCACGGAGCGGAUGGGCAAACCAGAAGGGGCCGUGGGCAAUCAUGGCAUCGCAAGAACUUUAUGGUCAUGGUGGGAAGAGCGCAAAGAUGGAGUUGCCUCUGAACCCACACCCAGUGGUGAUAAUUUAGAGCAAGUAUAUGCUGGAGGACGAGAACUCGUUAUCAGGGAUGCCAAGCGGGUCGCACUGGAAGGAAAUGAUCUUAAUAUAUACCAGCAGUGGCUGGCGACACGCCGCCAAUUACAAACUACAUCCCAAGCUGGAGGUGCUACAGCUCUCGAAUCGUCUGCUGACGUGGUUGAUGAUGCUUCGUCCGAAUCGUCAUCAGAAUCGGAGGAUUCGGAGACUGAACAGCAGGGCAAGGCACUCAAUAUUUCCGCGACAAUGGGACAGGCAAACAGGAAGAAAAUUGGCUUAAGUGAUGAAGAUCUAGGUAUUAACAUUCUCAUCCGCCGUAAGGGAGUGCACGACUACGAUGUCCGUGGGAAGAAGGGUCGUGAGAAGAUGUUCCCAUUAGCUAUUAGGCGGAGGAGGAACGAUGAUUUUGGGGAGCUGAUCAGGCCCGAAGAUUUUCUCAGGACUGAAGAGCGAGAUGAAGUUGCUGGCCAGGAUAUGCGCCAGCCAAGUAAAUAUGACACCAAAGAUACCCUGGGCAAGAAGCGGAAAUGGGAUGAUGUCGCAGUUUCCAGCGAUCGUCGAAUGUCAAGCGGCGUUAGCAAAAGACAACAAGUCGGCACCGGUCCCCAGGAAGGGUCUGAGCUUGGCGAUCGUGCCCUGGCUGUCGACGAUAACGAUACUUUGGAACCGGAUGUGGAUGAGGUUACCGGGCCGUCAAGAGUCGUCUUCUCAGAGGAGACUGUUAAGGUGAAUGUCCGCCUAGCAUUCAUAGAUUUCGCAGGUUUACACGACAAACGGAGUUUGCAGAUGCUAAUUCCGCUGAUCCAACCACGAAAGUUGAUAUUUAUCAGCGGCAUGAAGGGGGAGACGAUGGCCCUUGCGAACGAUUGCCGGAAACUACUUGCAGCUAAGAUUGGGGGUUUCGAUGAAACUGCGGUUGAUGUGUAUACACCUGAGGUUGGAGCUAGGGUUGAUGCCAGUGUCGACACAAAUGCUUGGGCUGUGAAGCUAACCGAUGCCCUUGUCAAGAGGCUGCGCUGGCAAAACGUGAGGGGCCUAGGUAUCGUUACUCUGACGGGCCGGCUGGAGGCUACAACACUUGAACCUCCUGAAAUGGACACAGAGGGGAGCAAAAAGAGGCAAAAGCUGCUCAUGGAGAACCCUGACACCACGGAGACUAAACUUGUCGGUGCUGCUGUAUCUCCGGUAGAAGUUCCAACAUUAGACGUCCUCCCGUCAAGUAUGGCGUCAGCUACUAGAUCUGUGGCUCAGCCAUUGCAUGUGGGAGAUCUACGUUUGGCAGAUCUAAGGAAGAUCAUGCAGUCGUCAGGGCACAAAGCCGAGUUCAAGGGCGAGGGAACAUUGCUGAUCGAUGGGUCUGUAACGGUACGGAAGACAGGAACAGGGCGUAUCGAGAUCGAAGGAAAUGGAAUAUCGGCCACGCCCCACCAUGAGAACACAUUCUAUGCGGUAAAAGCCAAGAUCUAUGAAGGCUUAGCUGUAGUAGCUGGUGGAUAA